CAAUAGACGAAAUGGGUGGUAUCUAGUCUACUUAUAGGAGAUUAGACCAAAUGUUGAAUGAGAAGUAGACAAAUGAUUAUUCGACCAUGUGGAUAGUAGACCAUAUGAGAAUAGACCAAUUGGUUAGUAGACGAACUGGUGGUAGACCAAACGGCCAUGAACACGAAUACCACUUCCAGUUAGAUAUUUUAGUCACAUGUUUGCCUGAAAUGUAGACUAGGUCGUGUUAUUCACUUUUCCAUCGACAACGCGAGUGUGACGACUAUUUACAUCAUUUAUGGAAAUUAAUUAUUGACAUCUAAGAUGAAUUGAAUCAAUGAAUGGACAUAUCUAACAAUGUCUUUGGCUCAAGUCUACCCUCCACUUCUUCAGCGGGCAAGCUACAGCUGUUUUGUGUUGCCAAGGGCAACCUGUUGUCUUCCAUCCUUACAUGCGAAGAGUGCAUCCCAGCUGCAGCAUCAUUCUCCACUGGCGACAUCAUCAAGCACUUGUAGGGACAGUCUGAAUACACAGUCUGGUCAGUCAAGAACUUAUUAUGCAACACAUGUCAGGGGGCAGGACCAAGAAUAUGACUUCCCAAAGUCUAUGGGGAAGAAUGAGACAGGGAAGUAUGUAGAUCUUGUGCAGAUGGUCGGCAAGCACAGGAAAAGAUACACAAGUGUUUAUGUGUGGGGCUUCACAUACACAGGAGCCCUAGGUGUCCCAUCCUACUUUUUCCCGAGCCAACGCAAGAAUCCCAUCAGGAAACCGAAGAAGUUUCAGCCUAUUCCUUACAAGCUCAAGUUUGAUGAAAAGAUCACAACAGCAGCUUGUGGAUAUGGGUUUUCACUCAUCGGUAGCCAUACACAGGACACAAGCAAGGUGUGGGGUAUGGGCAUCAAUACAAACUCACAGAUUGGAUACCAUCCCAAGGCUAUGACAAGUGUUGAAGGAAUGCAUACGAUAAUCUCGCCAACUGAAAUCAACCUACCUCUAACGAAGCCCAGGAAAACCAGGGUCUCUCAGGUGUCAUGUGGUCGAUCUCACUCCCUCAUCCUCACAGAUGAAGAAGGUGUAUACAGUCUUGGCAAUAACUCUCAUGGGCAAUGUGGGAGACCUAUUAUACCACUUGAAGAUUACAGCUCUAAUAAAAUCAUUCAUAAAAUUGGAGGAAUAGAGGGUAAAAUAAAACAGAUCAGCUGUGGCCACGAUCAUAGUCUGUUUCUGACUGAAGAUGGGCACGUGUACAGCUGUGGAUGGGGGGCUGAUGGCCAAACUGGUUUGGGUCAUUUUGAGGAUACCAGUACUCCAACACGCUUAGAAGGGGAUAUCAAGGAUGAACAUAUUACUCAGAUCACUACUCUUGCAGAUUGCUGCCUUGCCAUUUCAGAUAAAGGAGAAUUGUUUGGUUGGGGAAACUCAGAGUACAAUCAACUCAAGUGCGUUACCGAGGAUACUCAAGUCUACACCCCUACGCAUCUACCAUUCAAGGGAAUAGGGAAAAUUACCAGUGCUGCCACUGGAGGGACGAUAUGUGCCUUAACAAAUGAAUCUGGAGAAGUUUGGGUGUGGGGCUACGGCUUUCUAGGGAGAGGUCCCAAGUUAACAGACACUGCUGUUCCCGAGUGUAUAGACAUGACAUUGUUUGGUAAAUCACGGAGGAGGACGGAUAUAGCAGUCACCAAGGUCUGGUGUGGUCAUCACUACUUUGCUGCAGUCACAAAUAAUGGAGACCUGUAUACCUGGGGUACCAAUGGAUCAGGCUGCCUUGGUCUUGGUCAGCUCCAUAGCCAGUACUUUCCUCUCAAAGUCUCUCUACCUGGUCAGGUGACCCAUAUUGCCUGUGGAGUGGAUCACACUAUAGCGCUCGUCACAAAGGAUAUCUGAAUAGGACUUCCCAUGCUAAAUAUACCUGCAUGUAUCUCAUUUCAUUUCAUUCUGAUGUAAUUGGCACCCGCCUCCAUAGAAAGACCAUCAAUGAUUCACCCAAUCAUGGAGAUGUGACCCAUAUGGGUUUCACCUUUCUAAGGUAGGCCAUACAAUAACACUUGUCACAAAGGACAAGGAUGUGGCCCACAGAGUUAGAUGACCCAUGUGACCUUUGGAAUUGGUAAUGCCAUAAAGGACAU